ACACCUCCGCGGGCAGAACUGUUUGGGAAGCUACGUGCAAAACUGGAUAUAGUGAUUUACCAACUUUUGUUUUAGCCUUUUAUCAAGUGACAGGUCGUGGAUAGAUACAGUUGUUCACGCUCAGUAGGCGAAAUGACUUCUAUAGCUUUGUUCACAAUAAACAGGACAGCGAGGUCAACAGCAAGACUGUGCCAAGUGUCACGCUCUGCGCAUGGUACAGCUGAUUUCCACUCUUUCGUAUCCCGCAACGCUACUCUGCGUAAAUGCGCCUUUCGUCCAGGAGGAAAAUGGUCAUUCGUAAGAACGGAAACGAGACAAAUGUCUCAUGGAUCAUCAUUCGGACGGUACAGUAAAGGUGUAUUUCUGGCAGCCGGGGCAGCAGGGGUCACUGGUAUUCUAGCGGCAGGUGUAAGUCACUUUCAGCGGGCUGAAAUGGCCACGAAGAUAUCCAAGGCUGAAGAUGCGGAGAGUGACAUAAGAGAGAGAUGCAAGUCGUUCAUGUCUCCACCAGUCACUGACAUCAAGGUCUUGGAGCAGAGAAAAGACGCGAUGUCCUCGAGAAUGGAGAUGCUGAUCAUGGAGACGCAGGCUGCUUUCUGUAAAGCUCUCGAGGAGGUAGAUGGAGGCACGUUUAGGGUGGACAGAUGGAGUAGAAAAGAAGGUGGUGGCGGCAUCAGCUGUGUGAUGCAAGAUGGGAAGGUUUUUGAGAAAGCGGGUGUGAACGUGUCUGUUGUGUUCGGGAAUCUCACAGAAGAGGCCGCCAAGCAAAUGCGCAGCCGUGGAAAGGUUCUGAAAGGGAAAGAUGGUAAGCUGCCGUUCUGUGCCAUGGGUGUGAGUUCAGUCAUACACCCUAAAAACCCCCACAUUCCCACAGUGCACUUCAACUACAGAUACUUUGAGAUUGAGGAAGCAGACGGCUCAAAACAGUGGUGGUUUGGAGGAGGAACAGAUCUGACUCCUAUUUACAUUGAUUUGGAAGAUGCCGCCCAUUUCCACAAGACUUUAAAGGAUGCAUGUGACAAGCACCAUCCUAAAUAUUACCCAGACUUCAAAAAGUGGUGUGAUAAUUACUUCUACAUCUGUCACCGAGGGGAGACGAGAGGCAUUGGUGGGAUCUUUUUUGAUGAUUUGGAUUCACCUGAGCAGGAGGAGGUUUUUAGCUUCGUGAAGAGCUGUGCUAAAACUGUGGUGCCCUGUUACCUGCCCAUUGUAUACAAACAUCUGAAUGACUCCUUCACCCCUGAAGAAAAGGACUGGCAGCAAGUCAGACGAGGCAGAUAUGUAGAAUUUAAUCUAGUGUAUGACAGAGGGGUUAAAUUUGGCCUUGCCACGCCUGGGUCUCGCAUUGAGAGCAUCCUGAUGUCUCUACCACUUACUGCAAGGUGGGAGUACAUGCAUGAGCCAGCCAAAGGCACAAAGGAAGCAGAGAUACUGGACGUCUUACGGAACCCUAAAGAAUGGCUCUGAUUGAGAGGAAGACUCAUUCAUUGAGCCAUCGGCAAUUUUUUUUAAAGGAUUAGUUCACCCAAAAAUGAAAGUUCUGUCAUCGAUAACACCCUCAUGUUGUUCCCAAGCAGAAUGCUAGGGAAUUACAGCCCCAGUCACCUUACACUUUCAAUGCAUCUAUUGUCCAUACAAUGGAAGUGAAUAGUGACUGAGGCUGUCAUUCUGCCUAGCAUCUCUUUUUCUGUUCCACAGAAAAAAGUCAGUCAUACAGGUUUGGAACAGCAUGAGGGUGAGUAAAAGAUGACAGAAUUGUAAUUUGUGUGAACUACUAUAUGAUAAUGAUAAUUUUCAUUGUUCACUAAAAUAUUAAGAAAAUGUCUAGUCACUACUUAGGACACAUUUUCAUUGCUUUUUUUGCUGACUGACUGCAACACUGCACAGAUAUUGGCUUAGUUGGUAAUGAAUUCUCUAGCACUGCCAUUGGUUGUAUGGUUUUUCUGGAGAUGAAGCAUUUACUCUUGAGGCAAUGUUGCUUAGUUACAGCUUUGUUUCUGCUUGCAUUGCUUUAAGUCAUGACUACCAGUGAAUUUGAAACCUGUAAUGGCCUAUGUAGGCUUUUGUUAUUUUGAAAGAAUGUGCCAAUCACAUGUCCGAAUGGUCACAUUUUACAUGUGUGUGCUGAUGCUAGUGCCAUGCCAUUUAUUGUUUUGCUAACAAUGUUCAUUUAGCUGUGGCCCUGAUUUAUGCAUCUCACUCCAAUGUCACUUUUGUCCUGUGAUGAUGUGCUCACAGAGCUCUAUUCCAUCUCCUGUGGUACUGGCUGUUAAAACAGAGAUAUUAAAUGGGAUCAGAAUGAGGAGUAUUCUCAGGACAUUAUAAUAAUGCUGUUUUGUGUAUUAUAAAAACAAUAAAGUGUUUUA